AUGGGUAGAGUCAUUCGUGCGCAGCGUAAGGGUGCUGGUGGUAUUUUCAAAUCUCACACCAAGCGUCGUGUUGGCGCAGCCAAACAUCGUCCUCUCGACUAUUCAGAGAGACACGGCUAUAUUCGAGGUCUUGUCAAGGAGAUUGUUCACGAUCCAGGUCGUGGUGCCCCACUUGCCAAAGUCGUUUUCCGUAACCCCUACAAGUAUGGUCUUUCUGAGCAGACCUUUAUUGCUGCCGAAGGUCUUUUCACUGGACAGUUUCUCUACUGUGGAAAGAAGGCUGGUUUAACGAUUGGAAACGUUCUUCCCCUUGCAUCUGUUCCCGAAGGUACCAUUGUCUGCAACAUUGAAGAGUCUAUUGGUGAUCGUGGAGCGAUUGCUCGUGUUUCUGGUAACUAUGCCACUGUUAUUGGCCAGAAUCCCGAUGAAGGCAAGACCCGUCUCAAGCUUCCAUCUGGUGCCAAGAAAGUUUUAUCCAACAAGUGCCGUGCUACUGUUGGUAUUGUUGCUGGAGGUGGUCGUAUUGACAAACCCCUUCUCAAGGCUGGACGUGCCUUCCACAAGUAUCGCGUUAAGCGUAACUCUUGGCCCAAGACUCGUGGUGUUGCUAUGAAUCCUGUUGAUCAUCCUCACGGUGGUGGUAAUCAUCAACACAUUGGUCAUGCCUCGACCGUUUCUCGCUUUGCUCCUCCUGGACAAAAAGUUGGUCUUAUUGCUGCCAGGAGAACUGGUUUGCAGCGUGGUACCAAGGUCAUUGUCGACAAGGCAUAAGCACAUUUUUUGUCUGAUCUUCAAUACAUUUUAUGUGAAAUC